AGUUUUUUUUGCUGAGCUGCACUGCCGUUCUACGCAUAAUUGUCCCAUGUUCAAAAACUUGCAAUCGAGAAAAACGCGAUUGAAGAUUUUACACACUUUCGUGUUUUGCAGCAAUGAUGGAUCGAAAUUUAACGUUCCAAUGAUGCAUUUAUGUUGAAAAAGUAUAUUUUUAAUGAGUUUUCUAAAAAAAAUUUUGUUUGGUGUUAUUUAAUGUUCAAAAUAAUCAAAAAUAUGUGGCGGGACAAUUAUGCGUAGAAUUCUGCUCGACAUUAAAAAAUUCUACGCAUAUUUGUCUCGCUGUCAGUGGUUCGCUUUAGCAGUUGACAUUUGCUCGUUUGUUUUGUUUUUAGUUUGCAGUCGAUUUUAAAGUUUUAAUUGCCGGAAGUGGAUUGAAAAGGUCAAUGGAUGCGUUGUCCAUUAUUCGUGGGUACGGGUGUAGCGACAGCGAGGACGAAGACUUUCGCGGAUUCGACGGAAUAAGUGAUUAUUUUCCCGGCGCUCAAUUUUGGGCGAAGGAAGAGCAGGUUGCCGGCCGAGGUUUUCGGAGCUACGGAGACGGACGCUCGACAGUGGAGCAGGAUGCCGGCGCAACCUUCCGGAACCACGAGCGCUCGGCGGCAGAGCAAGCUGCUGGCCCAAGCUUCCGGAGCUACGAAGGCUCGGCGGUAGGGCAGGUUGCCGGUUCAAGCUUCCGGAGCCACGACAGCUCGGCGGUGGAGCAGGUUGCCGGCCCAAGCUUCCGGAGCCACGACAGCUCGGUGGUGGAGCAGGUUGCCGGCCCAAGCUUCCGGAGCCACGACAGCUCGGCGGUGGAACAGUUUGCCGGCCCAAGCUUCCGGAACCACGAGCGCUCGGCGGUGGAGGAUCUUAUUUCUGAUGACGAUGAUGAUGAUCUAUCGAGCAUUCCGGGUAAACGGACGAAGAAACAGAUCAAGAAAUUCGAUUCGGCGAAGAAGCGUCGCUCGAAGCACUUCGUUAUUCCCGAUGAUUGUGAGUGUAACAAGAACUGCAAGCAGCUUUUGUCCCGUGAUGACCGUAACCGAAUCAACGAAUAUUUCUGGAAAUUGGACAUCGAAGGCCAGCAUGAGUUCAUCCAGCAAUACGCAAGCUUGGCGGAUGUGAAGAACCGGAGGUCGAAACGUGAUGUUACAGAUGAGCUGGUCAAGAAGCGAUCAUUCGUUUGUACACUCUCGCCUGCCAGCGAUACGCCAAUAGUUGUUUGCAGAACCUUCUUCUUGAACACGAUUGGGUACGGCAAGGACUGCGGGAAUAUCAUCUACCGGAGUAUUCAUGGAUGUGACGAGGAUGGAGCACCAGAACCAAAACGUGGCAAAUACACUCGAAAGACCGAUUCACGUGAUUCAGUCAAGGACCACAUCGAAGGCUUCGGGCCCACGAUCUCGCAUUAUCGAAGAGAGCAUGCGCCGAAUCGUCUGUACUUGCCAUCAGACUUGACGCAGAAAUCGAUGUACGAUGACUAUCAGCAAACGCACACCACCAAGGUCAGUUACUCCUUGUACUCGCGAGUCGUUAACGAGAUGAAAAUUUCGUUUGUCAAACUUGGCCACGAGGAAUGUGAGGCUUGCGUUUCUGCAGAAGAACACCAGAAGAUCUCAGGUCAUCAGUUCGAUGAGGCUGGCCCAACUUGCUCAAUGUGUGCCGACCAGAUCAUUCAUUUGCGGUAUGCAAAAGAGGCAAGAGCGGAGUAUACGUCGGAUGGAGAAACCGUGAUUGCUGAUCAGUUGGUGCUGGCAGUAGAUUUACAAAAGGUCAUUUAUUUAAAUUGUUGCAUGUCACAUUUGAAUAACUUAUCAAUUUUACAGGUGAUUCAACUGCCCCGGCUGGACGGCCUCAAAACCGUGGUUUUCUCGCAGAGACUACUUGCGUUCAACGAGACGUUUGCGCCCGUCAAAGCUUACGCCAAGUCUUUCCCCGUGGUCGCAUGUGUUUGGUCCGAAGAGAUCAGCGGCCGUGGCAAGUGCGAGCUUUUAAGCUGUUUUUAUCGUGUGAUCAGAUAUUACCGCAAUCUGAAGAAGUUGACGCUGUGGCUGGACAAUUGUUCAAGUCAAAAUAAAAACUGGGAUCUGAUUGAAUACAUAGCUCUCCUCAUCAACCAACCGGAAGUACAACUCCAACGGAUCGAAUUGAAAUAUUUCGAGCCGGGCCACACUUUCAUGGCUGCCGACAGUGUACACGCUGGAGUCGAGAAACAAAUGAAGCAGAAACGAGUGGUUACAUUCGAGGACUUCAAGUUAGCUGUCUGAAAAGCUCAGAAAAAUGUCGAAGUUCUGGACAUGAAAGCUACAGAUUUGUUCCAGCCCAAGAUCGCUGUCACGCAGUACGCAUUGAACCAGUGCCAUCCACGCCCCUACGUGGAAAACAUCAGAAAAGUCGUUUUCAGCAAGGGCCGAUUCGAUGUAGGGUACGGCGAUACUGUCCACUGCAAGCAGCUGUCAUAUUGCCACCUACUGUCCAAAAAACAGAGGAAGCUGGUCGAGGCCGCCGAUUUUGACCUGAUGAAAACCAUGUCCUGGCAGGAGUCGCCGCGAGGAAUCGACCCCGAGAGAAAGAAGACGUUGGUGGCCACCCUGAAUGCUGUGGUUCCUGAAGAGAAGCGUGCUUUCUUCGAAUGCUGCCAACAAAAAAGGCAUCGGACUGAUUAAUGUUAAAUACUAACAAAAUCCAUGUAUUCCAUAAGUAUCGAAUAUCACUCUUACUAAAUAAACAUCAAUUUUGUGAUUUUUAAGUGGUAUCAAUAUUAAAUUAAGAAUUAAAUACGACUUAAACUGACCCUAUUUGUCCCUCUUUACCCCAAUAAACUUUAUUCAAGUGUUAAAUGAUCUUCAAACUAUGCUAAAGGCAUAACAAAAUGAAUUGCAUCGUAAAAUUAAACAGAAAAAAAGUUAUGUCAACGAAAAACCUGGUGGGACAAUUAUGCGUAGAAAUGUCACAAUGGGACAAACAGACUUGGUGUUGAUUUUGAAGAGUUUCCAUACAAAGUAUAUCUUUUUAUGUGUUUUUCUGAAAAUAUACAUCAAAAUGAACCCAAAAAUGCAUUAAAGUGAAAAUCGUCAAAAAAUGACAUGGGACAAUUAUGCGUGGAACGGCAGU